GGUGAGUGCUGGCUCGCCCAUCAUAUUGGUCUCUACUUUCCCGAUGCCUGGGGCCUCAGGAGGAGCUGGAGAAGUUCGUUUCGUGAGGUCGGUGGAGGUGGGGAUGUUGGAUCUGACUUCGAUCUUCGCCGAUCGGAGAUGCGAGCACGCGGGAAUCUAUUUCGGGAAUGGGCUGGCUUAUCGAUAAGCCUCCAUCCGUCGCCAACCCGUCAGUUUAUUCCGACCUGCAGCAAUUACUUUUUUUUUCGGUCACCGAAUUCCUCCUCAUUUAUUGUCGCCCGUGAUACAGUCCCACAGCAUGCCCAGCGCGCGAAAGAUUACCGUCGGCGUUCUCGCGCUGCAGGGCGCGUUCAGCGAGCAUGUCCAGCUGCUUCGCCAUGCGGCGAUUGCGCUCAAAGCACAUGACUCAGAAACGCAGUUCGAGUUUCUAGAGAUCAGAACACCAGAGGAGCUGAGAAGGUGUGAUGCGCUGAUUAUACCCGGAGGGGAGAGCACGACGAUCUCGCUCGUAGCCGCGCGCUCGGGGAUGCUGGAGCCGCUGCGCGAGUUUGUCAAGGUUAUCCGCAAGCCAACAUGGGGCACCUGCGCCGGCCUGAUUCUGCUUGCAGAGUCUGCGAAUCGUACCAAGAAAGGUGGCCAAGAGUUGAUCGGCGGACUAGAUGUUAGAGUGAACCGCAACCAUUUCGGACGACAGGUGGAAAGUUUCCAAGCGAAUAUCGAUUUGCUAUUUCUGAAAGACUCUGUUGCAGUGUCAGGGAGCGAAGCUAGCAGACCGUUCAGAAGCGUCUUCAUCCGCGCGCCGGUAGUAGAGAAGAUAUUGCCCCACGUGGAAGGGAUCCAGGCAGGAGAGGCGGAGAGGGAGGAAACUGUCGUUGCGCCUUCGAAGCGGCCGGCUGAUGAGCUUGCAAAAAAGGAAGUCAAAGCUGAAGUAGAGGUGUUGGCGAGGCUACCGGGUGAUGCGACUGCGAUUAAAGACGAUGAGAAGACGGCACGUGCCGCGGGAGAAGGAGAUAUCAUCGCCGUUCGACAGGGGAACGUCUUUGGAACUAGCUUCCAUCCUGAACUUACUGGAGACUCGCGGAUCCAUGUGUGGUGGCUGGAGCAGGUUGUGAACGCGUUGGAUCGACGGAAACAGCAAGCAUCAAAAGUGUCGUAGACGCUUACUAUGGGUGCUUCAAUGCACUUUCAAAGAGCUGAACAAGAUGGAGGCUCGUCAUCUUGAACAAUUGGUAGAGUUCCUGGGCUAUCUCAGAAGGCCGUGUCUGCAAGUUCGAACGUGGAAGCUAAAAGGUUAGAGGGAUGAUACCUAUACAAUUGAAGGGGGUUUGAUAGUCCGAUUCUUCGAUUCUGGUAGACAGCUUCAGACUUUGCAUAGCAAGCAUUACCGGGUCGGAGACCUUAGAAGGCUUUAUAGGAUGCAUUCGAGGCCCUUGAGGAACCAAAAUAUAGAAGUUUUCCC